AGGGGGCAGGUCUUCAGUGGGCGGUGGACGGAGCGGUCAGUAACGGUGUUCUCUCUGGUCGAGGUUUCUCAGGGGGAGAGCUCAGUGAAGCCAGCAGCAGAGGACAUGACGUCUAAGGACUACUACUUCGACUCUUACGCCCACUUUGGAAUCCAUGAGGAGAUGCUGAAAGACGAGGUCCGCACCCUGACUUACCGCAACUCCAUGUUCCACAACAAGCACCUGUUCAAGGACAAGGUGGUUCUGGACGUGGGCAGUGGGACGGGCAUCCUCUGCAUGUUCGCUGCCAAAGCUGGAGCCAAGAAGGUCAUCGGGAUAGAGUGCAGCAGCAUCUCAGACUACGCCGUGAAGAUCGUCAAGGCCAACAACCUGGAUGACGUGGUGACCAUCAUCAAGGGGAAGGUGGAGGAGGUGGAGCUGCCUGUGGAGGGGGUGGACAUCAUCAUCUCAGAGUGGAUGGGCUACUGCCUGUUCUACGAGUCCAUGCUGAACACGGUCAUCUACGCCAGGGACAAGUGGCUGAAACCAGAUGGGCUGAUCUUCCCGGACCGGGCCACGCUGUACGUCACCGCCAUCGAAGACCGCCAGUACAAGGACUAUAAGAUCCACUGGUGGGAGAACGUCUACGGGUUUGACAUGUCCUGCAUCAAGGAGGUGGCCAUCAAGGAGCCCCUGGUUGAUGUGGUGGACCCCAAGCAGCUGGUCACCAACUCCUGCCUCAUCAGGGAGGUGGACAUCUACACGGUGAAGGCCGAGGACCUGACCUUCACCUCGCCGUUCUGCCUGCAGGUGAAGAGGAACGACUACAUCCACGCUCUGGUCACCUACUUCAACAUCGAGUUCACCCGCUGCCACAAGAGGAUCGGCUUCUCCACCAGUCCAGAGUCUCCUUACACCCACUGGAAGCAGACGGUGUUCUACCUGGACGACUACCUGACUGUGAAGACGGGAGAGGAGAUCUUUGGCACCCUCAGCAUGAAGCCCAACGUCAAGAACAAUAGGGACCUGGACUUCGCCGUGGACGUGGACUUCAGGGGUCAGCUGUGUGAGAUCUCAAAGACUCUGGAGUACCGGAUGCGCUAGGAGCCCGUCCCUGUGGGUCCCAGUCUCCGGCCCAUCCGGGUCACGGGGCGACCUUUUAAAACACGUCGGGUUUCUUUCAUAGUUCUCCAGUAUUUCCAGUGUUCCCACAUCUUUAAGUUUCCAGUCAUGGUGUGGUGAUUCCUCGUGCAGUAGGUAUCUGGGCCCAGAGUCCUCCUGGGUUCUGCCUCCAGGCUGCAAACCCAACUGUUACCAAGGUGUUCCUCAGCAGGCCGCUCUGCUCCAUCCAGGUGAGAAGCUCCGUCCACCAGCUGGAGGCCGAGGCCCAAAUCAAGCCGGACUUUAGUUUCCCCUUUUUUUUUUUUUAUUAUUAUUGUUUUUGGCUGCUGCUCUUUUUAACAAAUAAAGUGAAUAAAUGUU